GUCCUGCGAGUCGAACUGUUGGGCAGCAAAGCAGUCCAAAACACCUACGCAGAAUUACUCGGAUCAACAUUCUGCAAACACUUCAUUUUUAACAUGUAUAACGGUAUGUAUUACAUGAAUGAAUACACGACAUUAUUCGACACAGAAAAGCAAAAGGUUGAAUUUGAGAUCCUGCUGUAUGGAAAACCGCUGGGAAAUGAAAAUUUAGACACGAUCCAUGCCCGUUACAGAAAUAUUCGUGUCCCGUUGUACCAGAAAAUUAUGGGAACCCUGCAGAUGAACAUAUAUGCGCUUAGAGGAAAGCACUACAUUCAGCAAGGUAAUACCGUAGUCAAAUCGGCGAACACAGACUUCAGUACCACAGACAUACGAAUGCUGUAUCAACAACUUGAUAAACUCAUCCAGACGAGUAGCGAGGCAUGGUACUGCCACUUGCAAGCUUCAAUGGCAUCCAAUAUGGCCAGUGCCAUAAUCCAACACAUUUUGGACACUGGUCGAAGACAAGGAAAGCUAACCAAACUGACACAUUUACUCUACAUAAGUGUUAUCUCACCCUUACACGUUUAAAUAGUAUGAA